AUGAACACAGUACUGGUGGAAGCUCAUGAUUUUAAACAUACCACAUCCUCUUCCAUCACUUCCCUGCUGACUGGUGCUCCUGGGCUGGGAGCCUUCCACACCUGGAUCCCCACUGCCUUCUGCUUUCUCUGUGUGACUGCUCUCUCAGGAAACAGCCUGAUUCUCUUGGUCAUUGUCACCCAGUCGAGCCUUCACGCACCCAUGUACUACUUCCUCUGCAUGCUGUCCACCACUGACCCAGGCUUGUCCGUUUCCACCCUGGUCACCACGAUGGGCAUAUUCUGGUUCAAUGCCAGGGAGAUCGCCUUUAAUGCCUGCUUGUCACAGAUGUUCUUUAUUCAACUCUGCACUGCCACGGAAUCGUCCGUGCUGUUGGCCAUGGCCUUCGAUCGAUUUGUGGCCAUCUCUAAUCCUCUUAGAUGUGCCUUUAUCUUAACUGAUCUUAAAAUGGCACAGAUUGGAGGGGCCAUCAUCACCAGGAUGCUAGCACUGACUCCUAUGGUGGUGCUGCUUGAACAACUGUCCUUCUGCUGCAGCCUCGUGCUCCACCACUCCUCCUGCUUCCACCCUGACGUGAUGAAGCUCUCGUGCACAGACACCACAGUCAACAAUGCAGCUGGGCUGACUGCCCUGAUCACCCCUGCUGGAGUGGACUCAGUCCUCAUUAUCCUCUUUUACGUUUUGAUCAUUAAGACUAUCCUCAGCAUCGCACCCCCGGAAGAGAGGAAGAAAGCCUUCGGCACAUGUUUCUCCCACAUUGAGGAUGCUGCUCUUUCCUGUAUUCCAUUGAUCAGCCUGUCCUUUGUUCACAGAUUUGGGAAGCGAGCCCCAGCCUAUGUACAUACUCUGAUUGCUAACACCUACCUGCUGAUCCCUCCUGUAAUGAACCCCAUCAUCUACAGUGUGAAGACGAAACAGAUACGCAGAGCUGUGAUAGAAGUUCUCCAUCCUGGUGCAGCAAAGAAUUAAAUGGGUUUUCAGUUUUAUUUUUCCCUAAUUCUGGCAUUGUAUAGAUGAGUAAAAUGCCAUCUAGAAGGCAACAUAUUGAGACUCAUGCUUGGAAUUAAAGCAUCCCAGAAAGCCACUAAGCUUUAAGGGAGACGAUUCCGGGCUAAAAGAGAUAAAUUUAGGCUGGGAAUUCUCUUUUACUAUUUUCCUCAGAUAACCACAAUGAUUUAAUAUUUCCUCAUCAAGAUGAAAAAUUUAUAAUGACCAAGAUAACCUAUGACCCAGCUUCAGUUUCAAAUGUGGAAUUAUUUUGGGUUUUUUUUUUUUUUUGAGACAAGGAUGGGAAUACAGUGUGUAUUAACAAUUGUAAAUUACUGAAUUUUAGCAUAUAAAUCUGGCACAUAUAACUGACAUUGUCCAUAAUUAUGGAAUUAUUCCAAAUAUUUUUACUUUUCCGUCUCUUACAUCCCUGACUUUUAGCAUAAUAGCUGGUGUCAUCAUCAAUACACAUUUUACUGCUUUGACAGUAAUCUAAACUGUUUGUCAAAUAUUAUUCCUUUCCCCUACCUCUUUAUGAAAGAUUUCUAGCACAAUUUUUCUGAGAAAAUAACUCUGCUUAAUUUAACUCCAAUCUGUAUAGUUUCUUCAGAAGUACUGUUAUUCUUGACGCUUAAUAAAUCUGUUCUUGGUUUUAGCAAAUAUCAUCUGGAAAUACAGUAAUUUUUCUUGAAUUCCCAAGUUUAACAUGUACCUAAUAUGGACAGAAUUUAAUUCGGUUGGAUUUGUGUUGCUAUAUCUGGACCCUCUCCUCAAGGACAGUUCAUGUGGGUUUGUUAGCCACGCUCUAGAUAGGAAAACACAGAUUAUGCCAGUGUUUAAGCCUGGGAGUAUUUAAUCCAAAGAUCUGGAUACACAGGUAUUAGAUGACUGAAAUGACACAAAGGGAACACAAACACAGUAUGGAGAUAAGAACUGUAGGAUGUCACUCAUAGCAGGACCGCUCAUAGAACUGGGACUCAGAUUCCUAAAAAGGGGUCCACUGUGUCUGGUUCUGUUUCUCUCUAGGGAGUAUGAUGAGAUUUGUGCUGGGAAUGUCAAAACAUUGAAACUGGAAACUGGAUUCCAUACCAGUCAGCAAAGAACUGCUGCUGUCUUGGCACUGACAGGAGGAGCAAGGCAACGGUGGAGAUGCUUGUCCUUGCAGUUGCCUCCCUCUAGCAUCCUCCGAUUAACAGCAUAUAUCAGGGAACCCUGCUGGAAAACAAUGAUUGUGGUUCAUGGUUCUCUGUCUUCUUGACAGCAGCAGAGCAUAGAGAAUGGUGGUUUUGCCGAGACACAAUAUCGUCACCACUGGCACAGUGGGGUCAGGUGCACAUAACACAAUCAAGCUUGAUACGGCCCUUACAGGAGUCCUCUUAGUUGCUCUAAUCUGGACUGCCGAUAAUAACAGGAACUAGUAACUAUAGGCAAAUAAGUACUUCCACAGUUCACCAAAUAUUUCUACAUAUAAUCUUCUGGAAUGCUGCUAAUCGGUAAUUCCCAGGAAACGCUGUACUUGAACUACUCUUCAGACUAAAUGAGCCUAAAUGACAUAAGCAGAACAUUCUACUCAACAGAGGCAGGCAGGAUAUAUAUUCUUCUUAAGCAUGCAAAGAACAUUCUCCAGGACAGGUCACCCAACAAGCCUCAACAGAAUUACCUGUCAGACCUGCUUGGGGAUCCUAAGGUUUUCACAGAUCUUUUGGAUGGAUGCGACUGCUCACACACCUUAUUUCCCCUUGGGGGUAGUGGUGGUGGGACGAAUCUUCAGAUUGCAUGUCUUCUCUCCAUUCUACAGAGCCAGGCUGACUUUUGCUAGCCUCCCACUUAAUUUCCCUAGGGUGGUGUUGAUAGUUCAACUCUGUGUGCUUUCUCUCAGUCCUGCAGAGUCCAGCCAGCUUUCCGCGUGUGCGCACUGGCCACCUGCAAAAGCUCACACCCUCUGCCUGUGGGGACGCACACAGGGAGCUGGCUAUGGAGGGUGUACGGUAAGGCACACGGACCACUGGGAAGUACCAUAGGUCAGAUAGGGGGUCUGAAGUGAGGCAUCUCCAGUGGUUUGUGGGCAGGCUUCCUAGUGGAUUCUGCAAAGUAGAUAAUAGGAUCUGCAUGCCUUCUGUGAGUUCCAAGCCUGGGAUGCUGUGCUCCCACCUCUCCCUGUGUCUCAGUCGUGCGGAUCACUUCAGUAUCCUGGGGGAGGUGAGAAAGACACGGGCCUCCUUGGCAGCAUCCUGUGUAGAUGGGGCAGCCGGGUGUUCCCUCGCUACCCUCUCACUUUCCCCUGUGGAAGAGGGGGUCUCUCCUGGCGCUGAGCCGGGCUGCUCCGGGGUAGUGUGAUGCAAGAAAAAUGCAACUGUUCUCUUCUUCAAUGCAUCUAUUCUUGGAUUUUUUUGCUGGAAUUCCUCUACUGAACUCAGAGACUCUACCACAGGUACUCUUGUCUGUGGGUGGUUAUCAAAGUUCAGGGCUCUUUGAAAAGCACAUGGUAGCAAACUCCUAUUCCACCCUUUUGUUCACAUUCAUAGUCUUGACCCAGGGCUAUGCUGUCUUUCUGCAACUCUGUCAUAAUGCAGUUCUAAGAGAUCUGGAGCAGUAGGACAUCCCCCAAAGUAUGACACUUGCCCACUGUAUUGAUGAAAUGAUGAAACCAUAAACAUGUGGGAUGGACAAGAAGUAGCUAGCAACACAUGCACUCCAGAGGGAAAUCAGCCUGGAAAUAUAGAGGUCUGACACAUCAGUGAAACUUUGAAUGACCCAGUGUUCUAGAGUAUGCUAGGAUAUCUCUUGCAUAGUAAAGGAAAAACAUUGUAUUUUGCUUUCCAAAGCAAGAAAGAUACCCAAUGCUUAGCAGGCCCCUUUGGGUUCUGGAGGCAUACCCUCUUCCAUCUCUCCCCAUCUCUCCCUGCACACUGGCAGGUGUGCACCUGGCUGACAUUGAAAUUUUCUGGAAUACCCGGAGAGUGUUUGACAUGUGUAUACAUUUCCCAUUAGAGUUAGUUUAUCUGGGUACUUCUGAGUGAAGGUGAAAGGUCUACUUGUUCACAAGACUAUGGUAAAAAAAUCAGACUCUGGUCAGGUCAUGCCCUAACAUGCGAAGACAGGCGACAGCAGCUCUGCUCCCCCCACCAUCUCCCCUCACAUUUAUGCUUCUGGGGUGUACGUGAAGGUGCUCUUGGAGAUGCUACAUGUAUGAUAUGGGGACACUUUCAAAAUAUUCAGACUUAAUAUUCUAUGACUUAAUUCAAAUGUUAAAGUGAGUGCUCUGCACAUACGUGUAGCUAUUUCCUGUCAAUUUGUAGCUGCCUGAUAUGCUGUAUUUAGGAACAUGUCAGUGUGUGAUCUAAGUAUUUAUGAGUUUCCACUGAUAUUUUCAAGGGUAGUGUUUCCAUUCUCUAUUGACUUACUGCCUUCGGUAUUGUGGGGGAGGAUGAGAUAUCCUGCCAUGGGGAGGGACACACGCUAUUCGGUCUUCAUCUGGUCCUACAGGUUCACUGUCCCUUGAUAUUGCCAGAGUUCAAGUGCAGACUUGCCUCUGGGGCGGGACAAUUCGUAUUCAUUUUUUUCCCACCAUUAAGCAAAGUUCUCUGAAGCCUAAAAUAUGGCAUAAAGAGGGUCAGGUUAGGGUUAGAAGUAAAGUCGCUGAUUAUUCUGAUGGAGUCCAGCAACUCAGAACCCGGGCCAUCCCCUCGGGCAGUCUAAACCUUCUUUUCGACAUGCUCCUGAACUAUUUACAGUUUUAUCUAUCAAUGUUUUUUAUUUUUAUUCUAUCUUUCAUGGAUCCCCCACAUGUACAGAUCACAGAUUGUACUUGUAUUUAUAUUCUGGUGCCACGAUUAAUUUAACUUUUAUUUCAAACACAUUUUCUCCUUUUUCUAUGGUGGAAGCAGUUCAGACAUGUAUCCUCUCUCCACCUUCCUUAUGUAUUUCCAGUCCUCUUUUUUCAUUGUGGCCGUUUUGUGAUACAAUUCACAUACCAUACAAGUUACCUACUUAAUAUGGAAAAGUUUAAUGCUUUUAGAAUAUUCACAGAGCCGUGCAACGAUCACUACAGUUCACUCUGGGAUAUUUGUUAUGGAACACCCUACCCAGGAGCAGCCACGUCUCAGUCCCUUCCCUCUCCCCCAGCCCUGGGGAACCUCUAAUCUACUUUGUGUCUCUGUGGAUGUGCCUAUUUGGGACAUUUCAUAUAAACUGAAUCCCAUAGGAUUCAGCCUUUAGUUACUGGCUUUUUUCACUUAGCAUAAUCUUUCCAAGGUUCAUCCAUUUUGUGGUCCAUGUAAACACUUCACUCUUCUUCACUUGCAACUAAUGUUCCAUUGUAGGAAUCCGUCAUGCUGUGUGGACAUUUUUUAGUUGAUGGACAUUUGGGUGACAGCACCAUUUGUGGAAAAUGAACUUUCAUGAUACCUGUGUCAAAAACCAAUUGACCAGAAAUGGGAGGUUUUACUUCUUUACUCUCAAUUCAUUGAACUAAAUGACUAUCGCAUGCCAGUAUGACACUGUCUGUAUGACUGCAGUUGUGUAGUACAUUUUGAAAUUAAGUAUGAAUCUUCUAAUUUUGCUGAUUCUUCAGGAUGAUCUUUGCUAUUCUGGGUGCCUUAAAACUUCGUGUGUAUUUAGAAAUCAGCUUGUCAAUUUAUUUAAAGAAACAAACCUGAAUUUCGAUUGGGAUUUCAUCAUACCUAAGAACCAGUGUGGGAAGUAUAGCCAUACUAACCACAUUAAGUCUUAAAAUGCACGAACAUGACAUAUCUUUUCAUCUGUUUAUGACUUCUUUAAUUUCUUCGAGCAGUGUUUUUGUGCACAACGUGCUUGGCGUGCAGGUUUGCACCUCCUUAGCUAAAUGUAUUUCCAAGUAGUAUUGUUCUUUUAGAUGCUAUUGUAAAUGGAAUUUUCCCCCCUAAUUUCUGCUUUGGUUUGUUCUUUGCUAGUGUAUACAAAUACAAUAUAUUUUCAAUUUAUUGAUCUGAUUUUCAGCAACUUUUUUUUUUUUUUUUAUUUUUGCUUUUUAGGUCUGCACCCAUGGCAUAUGGAAGUUCCCAGGCCAGGAGUUAAA